UGUGCCGCAUCCACCACAAGCUGCCACCACCGACCUUAUUGUGAUAUUGUCACACAUUUCUGCAAAACUUCAGACAAGGAACUUCAUAGGUACUAUUAUCUUAUUCAUGCCACUCCAAGAAUUAUUCGCAUUUCUGGGGUUGCCAUGCGUCAGCAGCUAAUUGGGACUCAGAAUCUUGAUCAUGAGCUGGCCUCAAUCAUUUUCAGAAGAUAUUCUCAGUCUGACCAGGAAGCUAAUAGUGAGUGCCCAUGCCUAAAUUGGAGGCACAACAUGGAACCUGAUUUUGCGACAUUUGUGCUGGCCAACCAUGAAUAUCUGAACAAUAUUUCGAUUCAGAACCAACUCGGCGGCAAGGACUUCCCUUAUGAUAUAAUCUCCUCCCAGAUGUUUUUCAUACCAGUACCUCUAGAGGAUGGAUGGGUCGUACUGAUGUGGGACAUGAUGUCAAGGAAGCCGCACAUCCUGGACCUGAUGAUCAGAGGCGAUGGUCCAACUGAACCAACAAAGGAUAAGCUCGAAUUGAUAGCUUGGAAGCUACAUCAUGCACUAUUCCAUUGUCUGAACGAGUACUAUGCUGGCUGGCUGGCCUACGCAAGACGGAGAGUGGGAGGCCCACUACGCACUUGUUGCAAUGAAACAUUUGUCAGGGACGAAACAGGGGGAUGUGUACUCCACAUUGGACGAACGACACCAAGCUGAAGAUUCCUCUCACCAAGGCACUUAUACAAAACGCCUUGGAAUGGAGGCAGCAUUGAAGGUGUUUCUUCAGAACGCCUCGGAUUGGGGGUAGCUUUGGAGGCACUUUUCAGAAAAGCCUCAGAUUGAUGAGGAUUUGAGGCGUUUCUUCAAGAGGCGUGGGCGGUCCUGGGUCCUGAACUUUCUUGUUGUUGCGCUUACUGUUGAGUGCAGACGAUUUUAAAAAUGCCUCAAACUGGAGUGACCAUGGCGUUCUUGAAAAGUGCCGACGUACGUCUAUGCCGUCGUGAUAGUCCUUGGCGCUUUUUACAAAUGCCUUGAUAGACUUUUGGAGGCAAUUUUUAGAGCUUUCAAAGGCAUUUUUAAUGCCUCCUAAUUGCUACCGUGUUGUAGGAGGCAUUUUUAGAGCUUUCAAAGGCAUGUUUAAUGCCUCCUAAUUGCUAACCGUGUUGUAGUGAAUGUUGGCAAAACUAAAAGACAAGCACUUCAUGACUGCCUCAAACUACAAGGAAAUGCCUCUAAAUUGGCUCAUGAAGCUCUCUGGUCGGUUCUAGCUCCAACAGAUUCUUGGUUCGGCUCAAUCCAGUCUGGUUAGGACCAGCAAACCCCUCCAUUUGGAGCGUACUAGCGCAACACCUCCUUCUCGUUCAACUCAAAUUGCUAUGCUUCAUAUUGUAUUUUCAGAUUAUAUUCUGUACUGUUUGCUAUUUC